AUGGCCACGGCGAGAAAGCUCCUUGCUCUCACUCUGGGCCCUGUCCUGGCAGCGGCACGUUCCUUUGACUAUGUGAUUGUGGGUGGCGGAACGGCGGGUUUGGUCGUCGCCAAUCGUCUGUCAGAAAAUCCCGGUGUCAGCGUGGCGGUAAUCGAGGCCGGCGGAUAUAUCGAAGAUGUUGUGGGGAACCUCAGCGCUGUGCCCGCCUAUGUCGGCCAAGUCCAAGCUGCUGCCGGGCAGAACCUCGAUGUGGGAUGGGGGUUCUCCACGGUGCCCCAAACAGGCAUGAAUGGCGCUGUGGCCGCGUAUCCCCGCGCCAAAGCCCUCGGCGGUUGCAGCACCAUCAACGAACUGGUCUAUUCACGCUCCUCCAAAGGCGCGUUUGACCUGUUCGCAGACAGGGUUGGGGACAACUCAUGGAAAUGGGAUGCAGUCCUCCCCUACUACAAGAAGUCGAUGAAUUUCAGUGCGCCGGCCGCCACCCGCUUCGCCAACGCCACUCCUGACUACGACACCUCGCAAACGGCACGAGGGGGUCCCCUCUCCAUCAUUUUUCCCGCCUACGCUGAAGCCUGGAGCACUUGGGUUAAGGAAGGGGCUGAGGCGUUUGGCCUCUCCCCUUCUGGCGGCUUCCUCGACGGCAAUCUGGCCAACCAGUCGUCCUGGUUUCUGGUGACCGCCAACCAGGCGACCGGCGAGCGUGCCACGUCCGAGACGGCCUUUUUGGAGCCCGUCAAGCACCGACGCAACCUCUUCAUCUACACCCAUACCAUGGCGGAGCGCAUUCUCUUUAACAAUAGAAAGGCCGCCACAGGUGUCGAGGUGAGCGCCAACAACGGCACUUUCAACAUCACGGCGACCAAGGAAGUUAUCCUCUCGGCCGGCGUCUUCCAGUCGCCUCAGCUCCUGAUGGUCUCGGGCGUCGGCCCCGCCAGCGUUUUGCAAAACCAUGGCAUCCCCGUGAUCGCGAACUUGAGCGGGGUUGGCCAAAACAUGCAAGACCAUGUCAUCACCUUCGCCACUUUUCAAGUCAAGCUUGACAACGUCCUCGACCUCGUCUCAUCGCCAGAGGCUGUGACGGAGUUCAACACCAGGGCAGCGGGCCCCUUGACCAACACCGGCGGUGACUUUGGCGCCCUCCUCAAGAUUCCCCCGGCGCUCCGCGCCAACUGGUCCGACGAGACGAAACAACAGCUGGCCGCCCUCCCCGCCGACUGGCCAGAAGGUGGCUUCAGUGUCCUGUCUUACAACUUCACCCCCAUCGCCGGCGCGCAGCCAGGUUCGGCUUUUGCUGCCUUCAUACCGUUUCUCCAGGCGCCCAAGUCUGUCGGCAGUGUCAGCAUUUCGUCCGCGAGCAUGCACGACAAGCCGGUGCUCAACCCUAACUGGCUCACGGCCCAGGCGGACAUCGAUGUUCUGGUGGCUCUCAUCAAAGUUGCCCGCCAGAUGGCAGCAUCCAAGCCCAUGUCCGACAUCGUAGUCCAGGAAGUGAUGCCCGGACCCUCGGUGCAGACGGACGAGGAGAUCGCGGCCUACAUCCGCGGGGCAAGCGGUACCAUGUCUCACCCCCACUCAACCAACGCCAUGGGCAAACGCUCCGACCCCAUGGCCGUUGUCGACAGCACUGGCAAGGUGUAUGGCGUGUCAAACCUGCGCGUGGUUGACGCAUCUACCUUCCCUUUCCUUCUCCCGGGCUCCGCUCCCCAGAGCCACAUCUACAUGCUUGCCGAAAAGCUCGCGGAUGCGAUCAAGGCCAGUUCAUCAUACUGA